AUGGGAGCAGUUGCCUACAUCGUGGACCUGGACAGCGACACGGCAGACAAGUACCUGCAGCUGUUUGGAACCAAAGGUGUAAAGAGGGUGCUGUGUCCCAUCAACUACCCCGAGUCACCCACUCGCUUCACCCACUGCGAGCAGGUGCUGGGUGAGGGUGCCCUGGACCGGGGCACCUACUAUUGGGAGGUAGAGAUCAUCGAAGGCUGGGUCAGCGUGGGGGUCAUGGCCGAAGACUUCUCCCCACAAGAGCCCUAUGACCGGGGCCGGCUCGGCCGCAAUGCCCACUCCUGCUGCCUGCAGUGGAACGGACGCAGCUUCUCCGUCUGGUUCCACGGGCUGGAGGCACCCCUGCCCCACCCAUUCUCGCCCACCGUCGGGAUCUGCCUAGAAUAUGCCGACCGAGCCCUGGCCUUCUAUGCUGUGCGGGAUGGCAAGAUGAACCUUCUUCGGAGGUUGAAGGCCUCCCGGGCCCGCCGGAGCAGCUCCCUGUCCUCCUCCAUUGACCCCUUCCAAAGCCGCCUGGACAGCCAUUUUGCAGGGCUCUUCACUCGCAGGCUAAAGCCUGCCUUCUUCCUGGAGAGUGUGGACGCCCAUCUGCAGAUGGGGCCCCUGAAGAAAUCCUGCAUAUCUGUGCUGAAGAGGAGGUGAUGCAGGGGGGCAUGGGGCCUCCUGCCGUGUCCCAGCUCCUGGGAAGCUUGCUUCUCUGCACCCCCAUCUUGCCCCAGUGAACGCACCUUGGGGUCCCCCACAUCCCCAGACUUCUCCUCCCUGGAGGCCUCACCUUCCGUAUACUUGGCCUUCCCCCCAGGCCCCUGGAAGUGUCCUCAGACCCUGUCUCCCUAUGGGCCUUGUUUCUGGGACAGAAAGCCAGAGCUGGGACAGAUCCAGGCUACCCCAACCCUUCUUUUUCCACGUUCCUAGGACAGUGCCUGGCACAUAAUAGGUGCUGAA